UGGAGAGGAGAGGAGUCACCAGGUCACCUUCGGUGCCACAAGCUCUGCUGCUGCGACGGAAGCCACGCAAAAUAUCAAUCGCAACCGAGCUGUACCAGCUACACGGCUAGCGUUUUCUUUCUGCAGGAGAAAAUGUCGCUAGCGGGGCUGGUCGGGGGCUAUGGAAGCGACGAUUCAGACAACUCCAGCAACAAUAGCUCAUCGUCUGCCAAGGGGGACAAGGCCGACGACCAGGACGGGGACGGGGGGGCGGGAGGAAGCGGGAGGGAAGAAAAGAGGGCUGGUGCUUCCUCCGGCGGUGGUAUCGGCUCGUGCAACGAGAAGGGUUCCGGCAACAGAAGCAACAGUACCAGCAGCGACGACGACAGCAGCGGCGAGGAUAGUAGCGAUGCGGAGGAUGCAGCAGCAGCAGGAGGAGGAGCGCGAAAAAGCGUCAAGGCGAACAGACGAAAUCCUUCGCCAGCUGGCAACAGCGGCGGCGGUAGUCUGCUCCCGUCCGUGAGCGACCUCUUCAGCAGCACGGCGGGGCCGGACUUCCUCAACGCACCGGGAGCCGGCCAGGAUUUCAUCGUCAAGGCCAUGAAAAAGGAAAAGAAGAAGCAAACGGCAGCAGAGGCGACAACAGGCGACCCCACCGCAAAUGCGGCGACAGCAGCAGCAGCAGCAGCAGCAGGAGCAACAGCGAAACGGGAGAGGGACGUAGCGGCGGGGGUGAGGGGCACGGCGGUCGGGGUAAAGAAACCCAAGGGAGGGGCGGCGGGGCCCACGGGGCAGCCGGUGGACAAAAGAAAGGCGGCGGGUGGUAAGGAAAAGAUCUCGGCGAAGGACAAGGUCAAGGGACAAAGAUUAAAGGGGCAAUCCGGGAUCGGGUCGGACUUCCGAACAUGGAAGAGCGAUCUGGAGAUGACCAUGAGGCAGCAGUACGAUUGAAAAUAGUAAUACGGUGUAGCACGUUGUGGUUGAGAGCGUGACGCGCAUUGUAGACAAAUUACAAACGCUCGAUAGAAAUUGGAGUGCUGCAGUAGGAGGUUCGGUUGAUAUGGAUAAGAAGCUGCAGAUGCUCUUGCUGGAACGUGAUGCAUCCUGGGACCGACAGCAGUUGGUGCAAGCGGGUGUUGACCUUGAUGCGGGCCGCUCUAAUUCAAUCCUUUCAUUCUUGUGGGGCACCCUUUAUUUAUUCGCUCCUGAUGAGUUCCAAAGUUCUGUCGAGCCAAGUGCCUCAUUCGGCUUCGUUUGCGAUGCCCUUCAGUUUGUUGUCGUUUGAGUCACAAGAUUAUGACGCGUUUUGCCAAACGUUUGUCUGGGCAAAUGUGCAGCGUUUGUGACUCGAAGUGCACCGUUGACUCGACAUGGAGACAAGACGCACGUUGACUUUUGGUCAGCUGUCUUUCAGCAAUAGAACAAGCGUUUUACACACGAAAGAACGAGCUCGGUGAUACAGCAUUUGGUGGCUGGGUGGUUCGGUUACUA